AGGUUUAAUAUUUGUUUAAUUUAUUUCCGUUCAAACUUAAAUUGAGGAGAGCCCUAAAUAAACUCCGUCGGCAUACACGAUUUGCUUCCUCUUUUCGCCUGCGUCUGCCUUGGUGCCUGCUGCUUUACCAGUUCAACGAAUCCGGCAUCCUCAAGCUCCUGCAACGGCUGGACGUUGAAGUUCCGGCGCCAAAUAUAUGAAACAAUCAUACAAAUCCUUUGUUCCUUCGUCAGCCUCUCUGAAAAGCCCUAGUGGUCUUGUCAACCUUCUUUUCCUGUCAAAAUCAUUGCAUCGGCAUCAAUACUGUAGUUAAUAUCUAUCUCUUAAAGAAUAAAAGAGGCUGAGAUAUAUCAGAUAUAUUCCAUUCUAUUCUAUUCAGCUAUGGCAGCUAAAAUUCUUGCCAACUUAAUUGUAAUGGGCUCAGGUAUUUUAGCUCGGGCUUUUGUUCAAUCCUACCGGCAAGCACUUGCAAAUGCCUCAAAAUCUGGUGUUGCUCAAGAGACGAUUCAAAACACAAUCCGUAGGGGAAGCAAAGUCAUGACAGAGCAAGAAGCCCGGCAGAUUCUUGGUGUGACCGAGGAAACUGCAUGGGAGGAGAUAGUGAAGAAAUAUGACACGCUAUUUGAGAGGAAUGCCAAAAAUGGAAGCUUUUACAUUCAGUCGAAAGUUCACAGGGCUAAAGAAUGUUUAGAGGCUAUGCAUCGAGGCAAAGGCGAAGGUACUGCUAGUUGAGAAUUUUGUGGAGAUCUUCCUUUGCACAUAGAUGUCCUGAAAAAUUACAAAUUGCAUACACAAGUUUGUUUCCUAUCUUCUGAGUUCAAGUAUUAGCUGAAAACUUGAGGUUAUUAAUGGAAGUUUAAAAUUACUAGUUGCAAAAUGACCCAAAACCAUGUAUGCCACCAAAGCCAUCAGUAUUUGCUAUGAUUUUAUCAAUGAUCAAACUGUGGAUGGGAAGUCAUUAGUCUAACCAUUCUAUUAAAAGGAAUUAGGCUUAUCAAUGUGUCCUCAUUUCUUUUGAACAGAUGUAUUUAGUAAAUCUGUCUUUGUGAAGAAGGUGGUUGAUGUUGGUAUACAGCUCCCCUCGGGAUUCUUUUAGGGCAGAAAGGAAACUUUAUGAGAGUGGCUUUGCUUUUGCAUGCACUCAUCUUUUCCUUCUUUUUGUAAA